GGUUUUUACCUCCUUCACAUACUGAAAAUUUCAUUCCUUUUACAUUAUUUUUUCCAUUUUUACAUACUUUUUUCUCGUUUACAUCUCCAUUGACGGAAUGUAUUGAUUCCCGAGGUUUUUCCUUUUUUUUUUUUAAUCCGGAUUCGUUCGAGAAGCGUUGAGGAUAUUUGCAUCUGCCGCAAAUAGCCCCUCCCCAACUUCAUUCAAGUUUGUUUUCGAGUGUUAUUUUUUGCGGCGGCUGGUGUGCUAAAUUGCGUUUUGAAGCCGUCGCGACAGUAAUUAAUCUUCUCGGGUUUUCUCCGAAACCUGAGGUUCUCAGUGCGUGAUUAACCGUUUUUUCGCUCUCGUUUUCGAAGUCUGGCGUUGUUCGAAAGAGGGGAAAAACGUCCAAUUUUGAUCGGAUAUGCCUCGUAAUUGAAAAUCGUUUCUACUACCGGCUCGAAAACUUUUUCAGGAGCUUUUUGAAAAUUCGAGGAGUGCUCACCGGAUCGUGACCGGCCACUGUUAUCAAUUUUUCGUCAACUAAAACCUUGUGCUCAAUUUUUUGCUUAAAAGUUCGGCUGUGUAACCGCGGCAGCAGAGUGAUUCGCACACCCACAGUUUUUUUAUUUAAUUAUAAAGUGUGUUUUUCCUACGUUAUUAAUUAUGGCCAUAGUGAUUCUGUGGGGAAAGCCUCCCUCGGGAGAGAUGUUGCCGAGUGGUGCGCGGAUUUUGGCCCCGUGACUGGGUUCUUCUCGUGGAUCGGCGGAACGGGAGGGAUGUACACUUACGCGCCCCCGGGGGCGGGGCCCCCCCACUACGCCCCGGCGCCCCCCACCUACCUGUCUAGUCAACAAAUCUCCCCCGUCAUAGCCCCCGUCAACUCCCUGGCGCCCCCCGUCAUACCGGCUCAAGUCAAAAGGAGGAGAUCGGAUGAGGAGGAUCCCAGUGGUAGCAAAUACGGCCGAAUGGAGGAGUCAAAUGAUCUUCAGGACAAGGAGCGCUUCGCUAGUCGGGAGAACCACUGCGAGAUCGAGCGGCGGCGGCGGAACAAGAUGACGGCGUACAUCACGGAGCUGUCGGACAUGGUGCCCACCUGCAGCGCCCUCGCCAGGAAACCAGACAAGCUCACCAUCCUCCGCAUGGCUGUCGCCCACAUGAAAGCCCUCAGAGGUACUGGAAACACAAGUGAUGGAACGUACAAACCCUCUUUCCUCACUGACCAAGAACUGAAGCAUCUCAUUUUAGAAGCGGCAGAUGGUUUUCUGUUCGUAGUUUCUUGUGACACAGGUCAUAUAAUCUAUGUUUCGGAUUCAAUCAGUCCUGUUUUGAACCAUUCUCAGAGUGACUGGUUCGGAUCCUGCUUGUAUGACCACGUUCAUCCGGAUGAUGUCGAAAAGGUGCGAGAACAGCUAUCCACGCAAGAACCGCAGAGCACAGGACGAAUAUUGGACUUGAAAAGCGGAACUGUGAAGAAAGAAGGUCAUCAGUCUGCGAUGAGAGUUUGUAUGGGGUCCAGGAGAGGAUUCAUCUGCCGGAUAAAAGUCGGAAAUCUAGGACCAGACGCAAUGGCCAGCGGACACCUUAAUAGGUUGAAGCAGAGGAAUAGUUUAGGACCAUCAAAGGACGGUCAUAACUACGCUGUUAUUCAUUGCACUGGUUUCAUCAAGAACUGGCCGCCAUCUGGUCAGUUUGACAAUCCACUAGCUGGUGUUCAAAUGGACCGUGGCGUAGAAGAAGAAUCAAAGCAUUUCUGUUUAGUAGCGAUAGGACGCUUGCAACUCACAUCAACGCCCAAUGCAAGUGACCUAUCCGGUGGCAACUCUAAUGCAGAGUUCAUAUCAAGACAUUCCACUGAUGGUAAAUUUUCGUUCGUCGAUCAAAGAGUGAUUAACAUCCUUGGCUACACGCCUCCAGAGCUAUUAGGCAAAUCAUGUUUCGACUUUUUCCAUCCGGAAGAUGUGUCUCAUAUGAAAGAGAGUUUUGAUCAAGUUUUAAAAUUGAAAGGGCAAGUUAUGUCUGUUAUCUAUCGAUUUCGUGUGAGGAAUAGAAAUGAUUAUGUUUGGCUCCGUACUUCAGCAUUUGCUUUCCUAAAUCCGUACACAGACGACAUCGAAUACAUAGUGUCUACAAAUACAUUAGCAAAGUCAUUACAGUCCCCUGGAAACUCAGAAACUAGCGAGCAACCUUAUCAGCCCUCUGUUGAUUAUAGUUUGCAACAGAGGUAUCCAUCACAUUUAAUCCUCAACCCUCAGCAACAUAUCCACACUAGCAGUUCUCAGCAACAGCAACAGCAGCAGAGAUCAAAUAGUUCUCAAAUGUACGAAAGCUAUGAAAAUUCUCAACAGCAGAACUCGCCGUCUAUAGGUUACAAUUCGCCAACUCCACAGAGCAGUAAUCCAGCGUCCGUUUUGAAUCGUAUCAGCAAGUCAAGUCCUACACCGGCGCAGACUGCCUGGACAUUGCGACAGCAACCUGUGACAGAAGGCUAUCAAUAUCAGCUUAGUCCGUCCCGUUCCCCAACAGGACCAACGUAUACGCAGUUGAGCGGUGGUUCCCGUUCUAAUAGCAUUCCUCCUCCAACAGCAUAUCAUACUCAUACACCUCCGUCUGCAAAUCCAGUUAAUCCAGGAAUGUGGGCGUGGCAAGGCGGGAGUCAGACAGGAGAUGGAGUGCCUCACCCAGGCGCGCCGGGAGUUCCACCAAACGUACCGCCGCAAGAAUUGUCCGAUAUGAUGAUGCAAAUGCUUGACCAGACUGGUGCUACGCCCUUCGAGGAUCUCAAUAUGUUCAAUGGGCCCUUUGAGUAGACAUCUCUCGUCAGCGAACUGACCCAGAUCACGCCAAUCAUCAUAGCUAAUAUUUUUAUUGUUUUAUCUUUAAGAGUAUAGAAGGAAUUUUCAAUGUUGUAUUGAGUGUAAUUCAUUUGUAUAUAAAAUAUUUUUAAAUUUCUUGUACAAAGUUUUAAAUUGUAUUUUAUAGGUAGAAAAUAAGCCGAUGAUCUUUAUCCUGAGUGUCUGAACUCUUUUCAGAACGUUUCUUUCUUUCUUUUUCAUUUCGAAACCAUUAUGCAUUUGUCAUUGAAUCAUUUCAAUAAACUUUUUUUCAGUA